GAUUACAUUGAAUCAGUUGCGUUUAAAGAAAAUCAAGUGUUUCAUGAUUCCAACCCACAUCUGAAUUUUGUUGCAGAAUCAGUCGAGAACAGAUUCAAAUGGAAAAGAAAACCAAUUAUUGGAUUCUGGGUUGUCUUUAUUCGAUUCAAUAUCACUUUUAUAUUUGUGUCUGUAUUUUAGUUGUCUGUUGCUGUUCUUAUGAGGUAAAUGCUGUUCCAUACGACUCUUUCACUCUCUCAAGCUUUACUUAUGGCAGAACAGUGCUCAAACCUUACGACUGGCGCUAUAUCAGAGUUGAUUUACCAACAUGGUUCUCUUCAAUGACCGUAUCUUUAGAGUCCAAUGUAGAUCUUGAUAAAAAUAGUAUUGUAACGGCUGAUAAAAGCGAUCUACCAAUGAUCUGUGCUCGUGAAGGCAGCCCUCCUUUGCCCGACACACAUAAUACUUCUUUUACUGGUUUAGUGUUGGAUCCCAUUUCUAAUGGAUCUUUGGCAAUAGAAGGUUUUCAGUUUGCAGAGAAAUGUUAUCCUAUGCAGAAAAAUGUUCUGAUAAGACUAACAAACGAGCAGAUUUCUCCUGGAGUAUGGUACUUUGGUUUAUUUAAUGGCAUUGGAUCCACGAGGACUCAAUCAAAGAUGAUAAAUCGAGGUUCGGGGUAUUCUUUUAGUGGGAAUGUAAGCGUUGAAGGCUGUUUGAGCCCAGCCGUUUCGGGCCAAUUCUGCAAUCAAACAAUUGAUCAUCUUUCAUGCGUUGACCAAAACUCGACGAAUGGAAUCAUCACUUCUUGUAAAAAUGAUGGCGAGCGUUCUUGCAUUCAUGGGAACGAAUCAAAACUCUACUCUUUGGAUUUACUGGGAGUCUCAGAAGAGCUCAUUAUAUCAGCGACAAAUGUCAUAUUUAACCAAACACAAUCAAACGGUGCAAGUGAUGGUAGCCGUGUCGUAUUGAUGUGUUAUGCCCGACAUGGUGCCAUAUCAUCAUCAUCUGCACAUGAUUAUUCGGGUGAUAUCAAUAGCGCCCCUUUGGUAAUACGAUCGCCAAAAGUUGGUCGGUGGUAUAUUACCGUUGUACCCCUCUCAAAUGAAACCGUGGGGAACAUGACUCUUUGCUAUUCGUUGGAGUGGAAAUUGCUUCAUUGUCCUAUAGACAAAACCGGAUUAAACUGUACGUGGGAAAGAUACAUGCUUCAGACAAUUCUGAGGAAGAAUCCCGCCGUACCUUUCGAAUCAUAUUAUUUGCCGGUCAGCGAUAAAGUUUCUUCGAAUUCUGCUAAUUUCCUUCUCGAACCUCUCCUUAGCAACUCAUCGCUCGCUCAAAGUCAACAUCUUGCUUGGACUUAUUUCGUAGCAGAUAUCCCUUUGGGUGCAGCCGGAGGAAGUAUUCAUAUCCGAAUGAAUUCAGAUACAAAAAUAAAUCACGAAAUAUAUGCAUCAUAUGGUGGACUACCAUUUGAAGAUAGAUGGGAUUACUUUUAUGCGAAUUCUACUAGCAACAGUAACGGUUCUAUGUUCUUUAAGCUGUAUGAUUCGGGGGAGAAGACGAUUAGUUUUUAUAUCGUGUACGUUAGAGGAGGAACAUGGAGUUUUGGUGUCAAACAUUUGACUUCUGCUGGAAAUGCCUUGAAAAGUCAAACUACCAUGUCUAUUUCGAUUGAAAGAUGCCCAAGAAGGUGCUCGUCUCAUGGAACGUGUCAAAAUGUUGUCGAAAUGAGUGGUUUGUCUCUAUACAGCUACUGUUCGUGUGAUCGUAACCAUGGAGGUUUUGACUGCAGUGCUGAAAUUGUCUCACAUCGAGGGCAUGUAUGGCAAUCGGUUUCCCUUAUUGCAUCAAAUGCUGCAUUUGUAUUUCCGGCUUAUUGGGCGCUCCGACAAAAGGCAUUUGCGGAGUGGGUGUUAUACACAUCCAGCGGAAUUUCGAGCGGCUUAUAUCAUGCAUGCGAUGUUGGCACCUGGUGUGCUUUAUCUUUCCGGGUCUUGCAGUUCAUGGAUUUUUGGCUUUCGUUCAUGGCUGUGGUAAGCACUUUCGUAUACUUGGCUGAUAUUGAUGAAGGUUCAAAGAGGACAAUUCAUACGGUUGUUGCCAUUCUUACGGCUCUUAUGGCUGAAAAUGGAGCUACAAGAUCCUCCAACAUUGUUCUUGUUAUAGCAAUCGGAGCAACGGGUCUUCUUGUCGGCUUUUUGAUCGAGUUCUGUAGGCAUUAUAGGCGGUUCUCGUUUUCAGCAGAACUCUUCCUAAAUCUGAUUCAUAGGUGGCACACAAUUAAACAAUGGUGUCGUAAUCUCAUAAAGACGGUUCUUAAACGUUUUCGGUGGUUCUUUGUGCUCACCGGAUUCGUUGCAUUGGCCAUGGCUGCCAUAAGCUGGCACCUGGAAUCGACCAAUAGUUAUUGGUUUUGGCACAGUAUAUGGCAUGUGUCGAUAUACAUUUCUUCCUUCUUGUUCUUGUGUUCGAAAGUAAAUCCACUGAAUUGUGCAAAUGGAGAGCCUCGGAACACAAACUAUGAGUUGACUCGACAAGAUUCUCUUUCGAGAAGUCAAGGGCAGCCGGAAAAUGGGCAAGCUAGGUAGAAGGUUUGUUUAUUCUUUGUAAUUUUUAUUGGAAUGGUGUUGUAAGAGGUAAGGUAGAAGAAAUGUAAAUGAGAAGGGUGAGAGAAUAUAUGAUAAAAGCAAGAAGUUGAGGGGUGAUUGUGUCAUUUAUGUAAAUGCAAAGGGGUCUUUAGAGAUUUCUCAAAGUUUGUAUCAUUUAACUUCUGCCCACACGUGGAAAUGGAAAUCUCAAAAGAAAGGAACAAGUUGC